AUGGCCACUGCUGUGCAAUCUAUGCCGAAUCAUUCGGAAGAAACCGAGGUUGUUGAAUACACUGAAACUACCACUACUGUUGAGGUUGUACAAUUGAAGGUGGAUGAAGUGGAUGAGGCUGUUAGUGAAAAGGAAAAGAAGUCCCUCGCCGGUGUAACUUCGGACCAUAAUGAACAUGCUGAUGCUGAAAAGACCGCGGAAAAAGCUGAGAACGUUAAUGAACACGCGGAAAAGCAUACCGAACAUACUUUACUAGCGGAAAAUCAGCUUGUUGACCAUCCUGAAGAAUUUGAUUCAAAAUCGAACAAGGAUACGAAAGGUUCGAAUGGUUUGGACCAGACAGCUGAUCCAUUGACCCCUCCAAAAAGUCCCGUAGAUGAAAAAGAUAAAUCUGAUAAAAAAGUUGCGAGCUCCAAAAUAGCUACGACUGGUAACAAAACGGUCAAAACUGCUGUGUCAGCAUCUAAACCUGGUACAAUUAAGAAAACACCUACUGCAAAUUCGACUAGUGCCAAACCUCGUGCACGCAGUCCAUCAGUUAGCAAAGCAAACCCUUCUACGUUAUCAAAACCUCCGGCAACACGUACUCCUAGUACUUCCAGCGCGACAAGGGCCCCGAUCACCACUAAACAACCAAGUAGCCCUACUGUAUUAAAAACGCCAAGUAUUUCGUCCAAGUCUGGUGCUAACGUUCCGGCGAAGAACGCUGCUCAAAAAACUGCUGCUGUUAAAACACCUACCACUACCACUGCUGCGGCAAAAGCAACUGUUACAUCUCCGAAAACCCCUACUCGGAAAGCUACUACCGUCACUACUGCCGCUCCAAAAAAAACACCCGCUGCUGUUCCUACUACCCCUCCUGGCAAGGUAGCUAUUGGUUCCACUCCCGCUUCAAAGAAUAAAGUUGCUCCAUCGGCCAAUCAUACAGCAUCUAAAAGUACUGGUUCGGCCGCAGACAAUAGUUACAAAGAAAAGAAUGAAGAGCUCACAAAAUUAAUUGAAGAAAAAGAUAAGAUAUUGAAAUCUUGUCAAGAUGAAUUGGAAGAACUAAAAGCUCAACUAGCGAAAAAAAAUGAGAUUAAUGAGUCUGUUGAGCGAGAUGCACACAACUUGGAAGAAUUGAAAAAAGCUCAUGAAGAGGAAACUCAAAAAAUUCAAAAAGAAAAAGAUGAAGCCAUAUUAUCAAAAGAAAAGGAGAUAGAAGAUCUUAAGAAAGAAAUUGAAUGUUUGAAGGAGGAUCUUGCAAAAUUCCAAGAAGAAGGAAAUAAUGAGAGAAUUUCCCGUGAAGAGCACGCUAAAAUUCUCGAUCAAGUUAAAGAUGAGCACGCUAAAGUUAUCGAUCAAGUUAAUGAUAAACACCUAAAAGAAAUUGCUGAAUUUAAAGAUAAAUACGAAAAAGAAGUUUCUGAAGUUAAAGAUAAACACGAAAAAGAAAUUGCUGAAGUUAAAGAUAAACAUGAAAAAGAAAUUUCUGAAUUAGCUGAGAAAGUUAAAGAUGAAUUUAAUGAUAAACACGAAAAAGAGAUUGCUGAAGUUAAAGAUAAACAUGAAAAAGAAAUUGCUGAAGUUAAAGAUAAACACGAAAAAGAAAUUGCUGAAUUGGUUGAGAAAGCUAAAGAUGGUGAAAAGGCUGCUGAAGAACUUGAGUCUGUCAAAAAUAACCUUGAAGAAAUAAAAAUGUCUACACAAGGAGAAACUGUUGUUGCUUACGAAACAAUGAAAGUAAAAUAUCUCGAUGAAAUUGCUGAACUCAAGGAUUCUCAUACUAAGGAAUUGAAAAGCAUUGAAUCUGCACAUGAAAUAGAGAUUGAGAAAGCAAAGAAUGAAGUCCAGGAAGCUCUUAUGAUCCAACAUAAUGAAGAAAUUGAGAAGCUUGAACAAACACAUGAUAAAGAAUUAAAUUCAAUUAGACUCAAUCUUGAAACCAAAAAUGACGCAGCCGUUCAAGAACUCUCAGCCCUUAGGUCUCAGCAUUCUCAAGCAAUAGAAGACCUUAAAUCACAGCACUCUCGAGAAAUAGAAGAACUUAAAUCCCAUCAUACCCAAGAAAUUGAAACUCUAAAGGCAUCAGCUGAUGAAGGCCUUGUACAAAAAUAUGAAACUCAAUUAUCAACCUUACAAAGUUUGGCACAAAAGAGAGAAUCCGAAUUAGAAGAAUUAAAAGGAAUCCAUGUUUCCACGGUAGAGAAAUUGAAGACCGAUUAUGAAGCUCAGUUCGAAGCAUUAAGGGUUGAAAUUGAAAAAACUCAAGACUCCCCUUCAACAGGCAUUGAGGAAUUAAAAGUUCAUCAUGCUCAUGAACUUGAUGACCUGAAAUCUACCCAUGCAAAGGAAAUUGAAGAAUUGAAAAUUCAAUACGAAGAAAAACAAAAAAAAUUGGAAGAUGAGCAUUCCCGAUCCCUCAAUGACCUUCGAGAGACUCAUAGCAAGGAUAUGCAAGAAAUCAUCACAAAUCUUGAAAAAGAAGUAAAAAAUAAGGAGGAAAUUUUAACGAUGGAAAAUGAAACGCUUAAAAAGGAAAAUAAGGAAUUGUCAGAAAAGGUUGAACUUUCAAAACAAAAUGUUGAUUCUCAUACUUCAACAUUAGAAGUGUUGAAACAAGAAAAUCAAAAGGAAAUAGAGCAACGUACCGCAUUACAAACUUCUUUAGAUGAGAAAAAUCGUGAGAACGAAGAGAUGAACAUACAAGUUACUACAUUCAAACAGAAAAUCAAGGAAUACGAAGAACAAAUUGAAGAAUUCAAUGGACAUAUUACUUCGUUGCAUGAAAGUAAUCAGAGUUGUGAGAAGUUUUACAAUGAAGAAAUAACGAAGAUUAAAGAGUCAUAUGAAAAAAGAAUUGCUGAAUAUGAAGCUGAACAGCUAAAGGACGCGAGCGCAUCAAAAGAAGGAUCCACUGAAGCACUACAACACGAGUACAAUCAAAAGAUUGAUGAACUCGAAUUGGCACAUGCUCGUGAAGUUAAAGAAAAGACAGAUGAACUCGAAUUACUCAAAGAAAAGAUUGAUGAACUCGAAUUGGCACAUGCUCGUGAACUUAAAGAAAAGGUUGAUGAACUUGAAUUGGCACAUGCUCGUGAACUUGCGGAAAAAGAGGAAGAGGUAAAGACUAAAGCUAUGGAAAAUAAAUGGCUUGAAGACGAAAAUGAUCAACAUGAUGCAAAGGCUAAAUCAUUGAAUAAAGAGUUAGAUGUGCUUCGUAAAGAAAACGAACAAUUGAAAGAUGAAAAUACUCGGAUGCUUGAGUUGAUUCAUAAGUAUCAAGAACAACUACUUCCUAAAAAUUAA